AUGCCCUCUCUACGCAAACUCCCCGUCCUCGCGACGCUCGCGAGCUCCAUCGCCUCCGUCUUAGCCACCCCCACCGACCAACACCCCGUCUCCAUCAACAUCAAUGAGGACGACGACACACCCCUACCGGUCGUAAUCUGGCAUGGGCUUGGCGACAGCUACUCGGCCGAAGGCAUCCAGUCGGUCGGGGAGCUAGUCCAACAAGUCAACCCGGGCACGUUUGUGUACAUAGUGCGACUAGACGAAAACGCCCAAAACGACCGAACCGCCACCUUCUACGGGAACGUCACGGAGCAGCUCGACAAGGUGUGCGCCGACCUGGCCUCGCACCCGAUCCUGUCGACCGCGCCCGCCAUCGACGCCGUGGGCUUCAGCCAGGGCGGGCAGUUCCUGCGCGGGUACGUCGAGCGGUGCAACGCGCCCCCCAUGCGCAGCCUGGUGACGUUCGGCAGCCAGCACAACGGCAUCAUCGACUACCGCGCAUGCUCGUCGGCGGACUGGCUGUGCAAGGGCGCGAUGGCACUGCUGCACGGCAACACGUGGAGCUCGUGGAUCCAGAGCCGGCUGGUGCCGGCGCAGUACUUCCGCGACCCCCGCGACCUCGACAGCUACCUCGAGUACUCGAACUUUCUGGCCGACAUCAACAACGAGCGCGUGCUCAAGAACGAGACGUACGCCGAGAACAUCGCCGCGCUCGAGAACCUCGUCAUGUACAUCUUCGAGGACGACACCACGGUGAUCCCGAAGGAGACCGGCUGGUUCGAGGAGGUCAACGGCACCGAGACCACGCCCCUGCGCGCCCGCAAGAUUUAUUCCGAGGACUGGAUCGGCCUGAGGGCCCUCGACAGGAAGGGCGGGCUGAAGUUCAAAACCACGCCGGGCGAACAUAUGCAGCUCGAGGAUGAAGCGUUGACGGAAUCGUUCAGCGAGUUCUUCGGGCCGUACAAUAAGAAGUUCGCAAGGUUGGCCGCCUGGCCGAAGGUGGUAGGCGACCUGUGA